CAAUCAUCGAGUGAUUGAAUGGUGUAUUGAAUGACAUGUUUAGCGGCUUUUCACUGAAUUUAGUAUUAAAAUGAAUUUAAUGUUGAAUUUGAAUGCAAUUAAUAAAUAUAUUUAUCACAACCUUUUGAUCUGUUUGGCAAUUAUAUCACAUGUCUGUCCCAAUGAAUGGGAGGACAAAGGUAUUUACCCUAAGAAAGAGCACUCUCUCGUCAAACCAUAUCAGGGAACUGGUAUGACGAUCCCCUCGUGGGACUUCUCGGGCUCAACGAUGGUGACGACCAGCUUUAUUAGGAUAACCCCCGACCAACAGUCCCGGAUGGGAGGCCUUUGGAAUAAAAUUGUAUGACAU